AUGGCUCUACCUCUGAGCUUUUACUCAUCCGUGAUACUCCGCGUGACGCUAUUUGCAUUACCGACGCAGGUGUCGCGUUCCAACACGUUGGCACGACCUCAUGCCAUUGCGUCCUUUGUCAAAAACCACGCCAAACUAAUAACCAAAAGAGGUGCAGAGCAAAACGACGAUGAGGUGGUGCUAGUGGUGUUAAUGCUACCGACUCAUACGGACACGUGGUUUGCUGCUGGAGCGGCCGUGGCUCGCGCAGUUCCACUUUAUGAGCACACAUUCCAGAGAAAAAAUGCUCUGCCAAUGACAGCAGAAAAUCUGAUUGAGUCGGAUAAGCUCGAGGUGGUGUAUCAGACCCCAUUGACAUUGAAGGAGACGACACUCUUGCAACAUACAGCCAAUGCCAUUCAAUUGGCGACGAGACUUGUAGACGCUCCACCUAAUGAAUUGCACUCGGAUGCAUUCAUUGCUGAAGCUCGUACGGUGGCAGAAAGGACCAAGGCUGCGAUCGUGGUUAUUCAGGGUGAAACACUUCAUGAACAGGGAUUCGGUGGCAUAUACGGAGUCGGAAAAGCUGCGACUCAUAAACCAGCGCUGGUGUGUUUGAGUCACGUACCGGAAAGAGCUGAGGAUGCGAAAGGGGUGGCGAUGGUGGGCAAAGGAAUCAUCUUUGACACGGGAGGUCUGUCUAUCAAGACGGGUGGCAGCAUGGUCGGCAUGAAGCGUGAUAUGGGCGGGGCAGCGUCGCUGUUGGCCGCGUUUGAAGCAGCGUGUCACGCAAAGAAUACGACAGAUAAGACUCCGUUGCAUGUGGUACUAUGUGUGACUGAGAACUCAGUGGGACCGGACUCGAUGCGUGUAGAUGAUGUGCUGGUGAUGUACUCGGGCAAAACGGUGGAGAUAAACAACACGGACGCCGAGGGACGUCUUGUGCUUGCUGAUGGCGUGGCGUAUGCUGUCAAGCACCUAAAUCCAAAGGUGAUCGUGGAUAUGGCCACGUUGACGGGAGCACAGGGCAUUGCUACAGGUAACCGUAUCGGUGCUGUCUACACAAAUGACGGUAGUCUGGAGGAACUGGCUGUCAAGGCGGGUAAAGUCUCUGGCGACUUGGUGCACCCCAUGCCGUAUACGCCGAAGUUUCACCGCCUCGAGUUCACGAGCAACAUAGCCAACAUGAAGAACUCGGUGAAAAACCGUGCUAACGCGCAGGUGUCGUGCGCCGGGCAGUUCAUCGCAAACCAUUUGGGAGACUUCGAGCAUACGGGCAAGUGGCUGCACGUCGACAUGGCAUUUCCAGUGUUCACAAGUGAUGACGAGCGAUCAACAGGCUUUGGUGUGGCGUUUAUCCAGUCGCUGCUGAAGGAGAUCGUCAAUGCAGGCUGGUAA